AAAAAUGAAUAUCCAUUAUAUAUUUUGUUUUAUGUUUUGAACCUCAAAAUCUGAAGAUGUAUGAUAUUAUUAAUAUAAGAAAUAAGUAGUUUAUUUGAAGUAAAAAUGGAAUUCAGAAAAGGUACAUUUUGUUAUAAUACAAAAAUUAGGGAUAAAGAAUGUAUAUGUAAUAAAAAUACUAUUCCAUGUAUAAUCGUACAUGGCGGUGCGGGAAAUUUUAGUGAUUCUAUAGCUAUAGAAAAAAUGACAGCGUGUAAAAAAGCUGCCAUUAAUGGUUAUAAAAAAUUAAUAAAUGGUGAAAGUUCUGUAAAUGCUGUAGAAGCUGCAUUAUGGUGGUUAGAAUGUGACGAAUUUUUUAAUUCUGGUUAUGGAUCUGUGUUAAAUGAACUAGGAAAAGUUGAAAUGGAUGCAAGUAUAAUGGAUGGUCAUAGAUUCAAAUGUGGAUCAGUAGCAGCAGUUUCAGAUAUAGAACAUCCUAUAACACUUGCAAAAUAUGUUAUGAAUAAUUUUCCAAAUUCUAUUUUUGUGGGCGAGGGAGCUAAAAAUUUAGCCAAGUAUGCAAAUUUAAGUUUCUUAUCAGAGGGAAAUAUGGUAUCACCUGCUGCACGUGCAGCUUUUUAUUCAGAAGAAGAAGGAAAAUUAGAUGCUGAUAUUGAGAAAAUUUUAUUGGAUAUCGAUAUGUUAAAGAAUAAUACCGGAACUGUUGGUUGUGUAGCAUAUGAUGGAUAUAGUGUAGCUGCUGGAACUACAACAGGUGGUUUAAAUAAAAAAUUGGUAGGAAGAGUAGGAGAUUCUCCUUUAUUGGGUUGCGGUACUUAUGCUAUUAGAAAUAUAGGUUGUUCCUUAACAGGACAUGGAGAAUCUAUAACAAAAUUAGGAUUAGCUCGUGCAAUCGUAGAAGACAUUGAACAAAAUUUUUCACACAUGGAAGCUCUUUAUAAAAACUUUUCUCAUAUGUUAGAAAAAUAUGAAAAAGUCGGUGGUGGAAUUGUACUUCAAUCAAAUGGUCAUUGGGCAACAUAUUUUACCUCUGAUAAAAUGCCAUAUGCUGUAAUUGACAAUGAUUUAAUUACAUAUGGAGUAAAAUUAUAUGAAGAAAGGAGAGAAUUGUACAAAAUCGAAAAAGAUUGCAAAUGCGAAUGCGAAUGUCCUUCUUUAAUUCUAUUGAACGUGGUUUACUGAAUGCAAAACUUUUUAAUUUUCAAGAAUGGCAAAGAUAUAUUGAAUGCAGAAAAAUAAUUUUAUCUCGUGCACAUUAUCCAACUAAAAUGAAAUAUUAUCCCGACUUAGAUGGAAUUGAU